AUGACCGACUCGAAUACCCAUCUAGUGCCCGUACCCUUUACGCAGUCUCGUGCCAAGUCAGUAGAGUCAGAGAUCAUUCCUCAAAACCUUAUUAGCCAAGGCAGAGACACAUAUACUCCUGCAUCAUCUCACAUAUCGUUGGGUAGAGGGAAUUCCGGCAAUGAUGGUGGUACGCUCCAACCAGGACUCAGCAGGGAGUCCAAUUUCGAAGCGGCGAACAAGAAGUUCGCCUUCUCGCUGGACCAGCUGAAAAAGCUCCUAAACCCCAAGAGUUUCAGCGCAUUUAGCGCUCUAGGUGGCAUGAGUGGGCUUGAAGAAGGUCUGCGAACUGACGUGCUGAGCGGCUUGAGCAUUGACGAGGCCGUGUUGGACGACACGGGGAGUCUUGACCGGGUGGGUGUACGAACCUUCCUGCCACCGCAUGAUGCUAGCCUGGAAGAAUCAGCAAUUAAGUGGCCACAGGACCGAUUUGCGGAUCGGCGGCGUGUGUUUGGAAUCAACAAGCUUCCCGAGAAGAAGCUCAAAUCUAUUUGGGAGCUCAUCUGGAUCGCGUACAAUGACAGGGUGCUCAUUCUUCUAUCAAUUGCCGCUGCUGUGUCCCUUGCCGUUGGUAUUCCGCAAUCUGUGCGAGGCACGGGCGUGGAAUGGGUGGAAGGAGCAGCGAUCAUUGUUGCCAUCGUUGUUGUCGUUACCGUCGGCGCGGCGAAUGAUUGCCAGAAAGAACGGCAAUUCGCGAAGCUUAACCAGAAGAAAGAGGAUCGGUAUGUCAAAGUGAUUCGAUCGGGCAAGAGGGCGGAGGUGUCGACCUAUGAUAUUAUGGUCGGGGACGUGAUGUGCCUGGAACCAGGAGAUAUAAUCCCAGCAGAUGGGAUCCUGAUUGACGGACAGGGUGUCAAAUGUGACGAGUCAUCGGUAACGGGCGAGUCAGACCUCCUUCGAAAAACCCCUGGCGACAAAGCCUACAGGGCAGUUCAACAGAACGACGACCUGAAGAAGAUAGAUCCAUUCAUCAUGUCGGGUUCUAAGGUUGAAGAGGGUAUGGGGACGUUUCUGGUCACUGCGACCGGUAUCCACUCGACCUACGGCCGAACCAUGAUGUCUCUCCAGGAUGAGGGCGAGACGACCCCGCUACAAGUCAAGCUAAACGUGCUGGCAGAUUAUAUUGCCAAGGUCGGCCUUGCCUCAGGCCUGACACUGUUCAUAGUGCUGUUCAUCAAGUUUCUAGUCCGCCUCAAGGACAUUCAAGGCGGUGCAGAGGCCAAAGGCCAGGAUUUUCUGCGGAUUUUUAUUGUGGCCGUCACCGUCGUCGUUGUAGCAGUGCCAGAGGGGCUGCCAUUGGCGGUCACCCUCGCUCUCGCCUUUGCAACAACAAGGAUGAUCAAGGACAACAACCUCGUGCGCUUGCUCCGGGCAUGUGAGACCAUGGGAAAUGCCACAACCAUUUGCUCCGACAAAACCGGCACACUCACCGAGAACAAGAUGAGUGUCGUGGCUGCGACUCUAAGUACCACGUCACAAUUUGGAGAGCAACCGUAUUCGAGCGAUGCGGCCAGCGUGGCAGGCUCAGGGCCUCUUUCAGCCUCUAGUUUUAUAUCCUCGCUUGCACCAUCGUUCAAAAAGCAUUUGCUCCAAUCAAUCGUUCUCAACUCAACUUCAUUCGAAGGUGAGCGUGACGGAGUGACGACAUUUAUUGGAUCGAAGACGGAGACGGCGUUGCUGUCAUUCGCGCGAGAGCAACUCGGGCUUGGACCAGUGGGCGAGGAGAGAGCAAAAGCGAAGAUCGUGCAGAUGUUCCCGUUCGCCUCAAGUCGCAAAUGCAUGGCGGUGGUUGUUUCGAUGAAUAAUAGAAAGUAUCGGAUGUUGGUUAAAGGUGCUGCAGAGAUCUUACUCCGUCAAUCGACACAGAUCGUGCAAGAUGCAACCAAGGGUCUGGCGGAGACACCGCUCUCCGAGGUCAAUAGACUCGCGCUAGAUACCAUUAUCACGAACUACGCGUCUCGCUCUCUGAGGUGUAUUGCGCUUGUGCACCGGGACUUUGAAAACUGGCCGCCACAUGGGACACCGACGCACGAAAAUGACGGCGAAAUGGCACACUUUGAGCCAAUAUUCAAGGAUAUGACGAUGAUAGGCAUCUUCGGCAUCCAGGACCCCGUCCGCGAAGGAGUCCCCGACGCAGUCCGCCAGUGUCAGCGCGCCGGAGUUUUUGUCAGGAUGGUGACUGGCGACAAUAUUAACACAGCGAAAGCCAUCGCCCAGCAAUGCGGCAUCUACACGCCUGGUGGUAUCAUCAUCGAAGGGCCUGAAUUCCGCCAGUUGAACCAUGAUCGGAUAAACGAGCUCAUCCCAAAUCUGCAGAUUAUCGCUCGGUCAAGUCCAGACGACAAGAACAUAUUGGUCAGCCAGCUCAAGGAGCUUGGCGAGACCGUCGCCGUGACUGGGGAUGGGACAAAUGACGCGCAGGCACUUAAGACUGCUGAUGUUGGCUUCGCAAUGGGCGUAACAGGCACUGAAGUUGCGAAGGAGGCGUCAGAUAUUAUCAUAAUGGACGACAAUUUUGCAUCAAUUGUCAAGGCGAUAGCAUGGGGACGUACGGUUAAUGACGCCGUCAAAAAGUUCCUUCAGUUCCAAAUCACCGUUAACAUCACUGCUGUCGUUCUCACCUUUGUUUCGGCUGUUGCCAGUAAUGAUGAAGUUUCUGUCCUCAGCGCAGUGCAGCUUUUGUGGGUCAAUCUCAUCAUGGACACUUUCGCCGCUCUUGCACUUGCGACGGAUCCACCUUCAGCAUACGUUCUCGAUCGCAAACCUGAUCCCAAAUCUGCGCCACUAAUCACCUUGACAAUGUGGAAGAUGAUCGUUGGACAGGCCAUCUAUCAACUGGCUGUGACACUCGUCCUGCACUUUAAAGGCCAAUCCCUCUUCCCAAGGUGGGAUAGCAGCUGUCGUCGGAUUGACAACCGUCUAAAUAUUAUGGAGGGCAUCCUAAGCAACAGAUGGUUCAUUCUCAUUCAGGUCAUCAUCAUCGGUGGCCAGAUCAUGAUCAUUUUCCUCGGUGGCCAAGCCUUUUCCGUGCACUGUCUUGACCAGCCCUCCCAGUGGGCAGUCAGCGUGUUGCUUGGGGCUCUUACGGUACCGAUAGGGGUAAUGCUUCGUCUGAUCCCGGAUAAAGUCAUCUCCAGGGUUAUAAUAUAUAUAUGGAACCGCGCAAAGGGUCCUGAGCUGGAUGUCCCUGGGGAGGAGCGCCAUUACGGGUGGGAUCUCGCACUGGAGGGAAUCCGCGACCAGCCGUCGUUCAUGAAGAAGAUCCGCGGAGGGCGACUGAGGCAUAUAAUACACAAGCACCCCGAAGUUUUCUUCCAGUCCCGCGGCAGCUCACAACUCCCAUAUCCUUCUACGCUGCCCACAACGAUUGAAGGCCCGACGGUCAGUGGCCUUACAGAUGAAUAUUCGACAUCUGCGCCUGCAUCUGAGCGGACACCUUUAAUUUGCGGUAGUGGGACGAAACAGAGCCAGUCGUAG